AUGCGUGCUCGUGAGAGACGCCGUCAGGCACAGGAAGAGCCAGAGCUUCCGACUAUGACUAUGAUGGUGGCUCAGGCCAGUUCAAUAGAGAGAGGAAAUUCUAGAUCCCCUUCCUCCUCUUAUUCCAGGGGUAGUUCUGAGAAUGCAGGGGCUCCUGGGGCAACCAGCAAUCCUCAGGUGCCUUCUGAAACUCAGCCUAUCACCACUGCUGUUGGAGCUUCUUCAAACACAAGAUCUACUAGAGGAAGCCUCAACCAAAGGGCAGAAAGGCCAAGAGUCUCCCAAGCUCAGCAUGCCCCUAGGCCUAGAAGAUUUCCAUUUCAUACGGUGCUUGUAUUGGUGCACUUUCUACUGUAUAAAUAUAGAAUGAAGGAGCCCAUCACAAAGGGAGAAAUGGUGCGAAAUGUAAUCCAAAUGCACAAGGUCUACUUCCUUGAGAUCCUGAAAAGUGCAUCUGAUCAACUGGAGCUGCUAUUUGGUCUUGAUAUAAGGGAAAUGGAUCCCAUCAGACACAUAUAUAUCCUUGUCAACAAAUUAGAGCUAAGUUGUGAUACAAAUCUGAAUAAUGAUGGUGUUCCCAAGACAGGCUUGUUGAUGACUAUCUUGGGUGUGAUCUUCAUGAGAGGUAAUCGUGCUGCUGAGGAGCACAUUUGGAGGUUCCUGAAUGCAAUGGGGUUACAUAGAGACCUUGAACACUUUGCAUUUGGGGAGCCCCAAUCACUAAUCCAUGAUGGUUUUGUGAAAGAAAAGUAUCUGGAGUACCGGCAGGUGGACAAAAGUGAUCCUCCGCUCUAUGAAUUCCGGUGGGGCCCAAGAGCCCAUGCUGAAACUUCCAAGAUGAAAGUGCUGAAGUUUUUAGCCAACGUCUUUCAUGCCAGCCCUAGAGCCUUCCCAUCCUUGUAUAAAGAGGCAAUGAAAGACGAGGAAGAAAAAGCACAGGCCAGAGCUGCGGCCAGAGCUGAUUCCAGGGCUCGUAUUGAUGCUACAGUCAGUGCACGUUCCAAGAUUAUUUCUUCCUGCCCUCAUAAAAUUUGA